GUUAGGCUUGUAUCUUAUUCUUGUGUCUCAUCGUGACAAACUUUGCGGUUGCUCGUAACCUGGACUCACUGGACUCAGGCUGCAUGACCACUGCCACUCACAAUUUGAAAGACAGCAGCGAAACCGCUUUGCAUUCUCACAACAAGCAAGCUAGCUACCUCUAGCGAACUAAUAGCAACCAUGACAUCUCCUACUACUAGUAGCUUAUCAAGACAACACUCUGAUGAAGAGGAAGCAACGCUGCCCCUUCCUACAAGACGGGAAGAAGAAGAGGACAAGUCGGGGUCGUCCAGUAAGAUUGGAUGGAAGGGAAUGAUUGUGUUGGCGGCUGUGUCUGUUGGUGUUUUUAUCGGUGUUUCUACUUUCACUACAGUUGGUACCAGUAGUGCGAGCCAUGAGGUUAAGUUCGCUGCUGCUCCUCGCAAUCUCGUAUGUCUGGAUGAAGCAGUGGAUUCUACAAAGCAACUUCACUUUGGUCUUCACCAUUUGCAUCAGUCAUCUCUGGAAGAUGGGAGAAAGCUGCGAUUGUCCAGUUACCAAGCGCCUGAUGUGGGCGGUGGAAUCACCAACAACUUUGGAGUCGGUGGAAAUCAACGUGACAUUCCUGCUAGUACAGCCAGUCCGGCACCCAGUGAGAGUUUCGCUCCCACCGUGAGUAUGUCUCCUAGCUUUGUCCCUAGUUUGGCGCCAUCUGGUGCGACACGUCAAGCGCAAUUGAGUAAUCCACCGUCCGUCAGUGCUCAACCUAGUGCAUCGCCCAGUGCGACUCCCAGUACAUCGCCUAGCGCCAGUCCCAGUGCUUCCCCCUCUACCAGUCCUUCUAUCAGCAACGCUCCGUCCGCCCCCGAAGGAGAAUACGGAACGCUCUACUUUGUCGCUUAUCUCAGUGGACGACCUGAAUUCGGAUGCGAAGAACCCAUUCCCGCCAUGUCCGCGACGUGCGACGGCAAUGGCACUCUCGCCAUUAUUGAACACCCCGAUGACAAUCACGAUUGCAACGUCACGGACAACAAGCUCGUGUGUGGACGAAUGAUCAAGGCACACAUCUUACUCAGGUGUUCCACCAUUGGCAUGGCCAAUCGACAAGACUUGGUCUUGAAUGUUACAUUGCCCGAAGCGGACCUGAACUGCGAUGCCUGCAUUGACGAAGACUGCGAGAUUAUUCGAUCCGACUUGACGGGAGAAUCCUACAAUCGUCUCUUUGUCUUUACGGGAUGCGACGAAGACUUUUAUAACAUUGUCACCGACGAGUGUUCGGGAAUUAAACGACUCGAUCUCAAGGGCAAUACAUUCUGUGAAACCUUUACGGGAUGUCGCGUCCCAGCGCCAGGAGGCAUGUGUUCGCUCAAUCUCAAUGCUACGGAUGUACAGGCGACGGCGCCCCUUUUACCGGAAGGACAUCGAUGCAUCUAUCCGUUUGGAUAUGGUAGUACGGAUGCACCCACCACUGGGGCGCCGUCGCAAGCACCCAGUCUAAACCCCAGUGAUGCAUCACGAGGUAUCUUUUUUGAUUUCUCGCCCUUCCCAUCGACAAACCCCAGUGAAAUGCCCAGUUGGGCGCCUUCUGUGAGUAGCGCACCCAGUCAAGUUCCGUCGCUCAGUAGUAGUCCCAGCGAAAUGCCAUCCACACAGUAAAAAGCACAAACAAGCAUGCAACAGCACCAAAUACGAAUCACACAAUAGGAAACACUACACGCUUUUUUAAAAGUCAGAAUGUAACUUUAGGAACUUUAUUCAUUACAUAGUACCAUUUCAUACACAUGCC